AUGGAGAACGUAAUUUCGCAGCCACACGUUCCAGGUGAUGAAGCGGUGAUUCGCAAGUCUGUAAGCUACCAUCCCACCGUUUGGGGUGAUUACUUUAUCUUACAGGCCCAGUCCUCCCCCAGUACACAGGAGUGCGAUGCAAGGAUGCAAGAGAGAGCUGCAGAACUGAUGGAGCAGGUAAGAAGCAUGUUCAAGGACACUACCGACAUCUUGCAAACUAUGGACUUGGUCGAUUCAAUCCAGCUUCUCGGAUUGAGUUAUCACUUCGAUAAAGAAAUAAGUGAAGCAUUAAACCGAGUCCAUGACGCCGAUUUUAACGAUCAUGCUCUCUACGAUACUGCUCUCCGGUUUCGACUGCUGAGACAACAAGGGUAUCAUGUGACCCCUGAUGUUUUUAACAAGUUCAAAGUUGAGGAAGGAAAUUUAGUGUCCACCUUGAAGGAUGAUCCAAAGGGACUUUUAAGCUUAUACAAUGCGGCUUAUCUACGGAUACAUGAGGAGACCAUACUCGAUGAAGCUAUUUCCUUUACAAGGGACCAGCUUGCGUCCAUGUUAAGUGAUCUCACACCACCGUUAGCAACGCAAGUGAGACUGUUCCUGGAGAGUCCUCUCUGUAGAAGAAUGAAAAGGGUCUUGGCACGAAAUUUCAUCUCCAUCUACCAAGAGUGUGCGACACGAAAUGAUGCCUUACUAGAGCUGGCAAAGCUUGACUUCAAUCUACUGCAAUGUCUUCAUCGCGACGAGAUUAAGAGCAUCUCCAUAUGGUGGAAUGAUUUAUUCCUCUCUAAAAAUCUAAGUUUUGCACGAGAUCGAGUGGUGGAAUGUUAUUAUUGGAUGCUUACGGUGUACUUUGAACCUCACUAUUCUCGUGCACGAGUGAUUACCACCAAGGUGCUGGCCAUGACUUCCAUCUUGGAUGAUAUCUAUGAUCUCUAUAGCACAGCACAUUGGAGGAGAGUCAACUACACACUGAAGCAAUUCAAAGGGGCUAAUGCGUUUCCUUUUUCUAGUCCAAACAUAACAUGCGUCUCAUGUCAGGCUGCAGUUCCAGAUAACUUCCAAGUCGUGGAGCUGAUCAUCCACCACAAAGAAGGGAAUAAGCACAGCCACAUGUUCGCCGGAAGGCUUGAAACACGAGGACAGACUCAUCGCCCGACUGAUGGAAAAGCUCUCCAUGAAAUAGAUUGUGGCACAAGACGUCCCAUCAUGUCCGUGGGAUCGGUCAGAGCUGUUGAUUGUGCUGCAAUUAAAGCACACAAUACUGUAACAACGGAAGGAAUGGUUGUGGAGCUCAGCUUCAUCCCCACACAACUUAAUACUUCUGCUCACAAUCAUCUUUAUUUUGGGAAGGCUGAUGCGACAGCCUUGCCUAGCAGCCGCAACACUCUUUCUUAA